AGUGACUUAACGAUCAUAACAUUAGUUUGUAACUUGCAUUCGUCAACUUUAAAUGCUAAUUUUAUAAGAGAGCGUGUUUUUGUUUAAACACAAAAAUUAUUCCGUCGUAAAACUGCUGAUAAAGAUAUAUUGCAUUUCUGUUAUUCAUUUCAAAGAAUUAAUUGUAUUCUGCGCUGUAAGUAAUAUUUCGUUGAUCGAGUUGAUUCAUCCAAACAUUAAUCAUAUUGGGAACUGAACGUCGUAACACACGGUAAAGGUGUAAAAUUCAUAUCAUGACAACAGUAACGUCACUAUUACUUUUAUUACUGGUUUUUGCAUCGGAAAAUGCAGCAAGGCCACAACAUAAUGUUAAUAUAUCCCAGACGGGAAAUGUUAGAAUUGCAACAGUAAACGGUGCCAUCACCUGCGAUGAAAUGACAUGCCCAUCUAAUAGUAUUGGAUGUAGCGUAUCGGUGGAAACCACUGAAGAUAUGGCCAAUAUUGAAACUGUUCGGAAAUGUUAUGACAAACAAAGAGUUACUACCAAAGAAGAAAAAACAACAUCGCCGAAUCCGUAUCCUGGAACUGUAGUUUCUAGCUAUUCAGAUUCUUCUAACACUGGCGUAAUUCAACAUUUUAAUUAUGAAUUGAAUGGAGACGGGAACGAGUUUUCUUCACAAUUGGGUGCGAUAAAUACGGAAUUCCAAGAGUGGCAGGAAAAAUUCCAGAAAGAGAUGGAGGCAUUCAAUGCGAACUUUCACAAGCAGAUGUUGAAAAAUUUUCAGAGCUCGAUUCCGAAAUAGCCAAGUCAAUUGGGGUUUACCGAACGUUCAAUGGUAUGUAGGAAAAAAAUAAAAUUUGAUGAAUUCUGAA